AUAAGCCUAAGGCAUGCACGAAACAAUAUUAUCACAUACAUCUUCCUGAGCCACUGCCACUGCCAGUGUCACUAGCUGCUCAGCAUGGCCACCGUCACCACCCAAGCUUCCGCCGCCAUUUUUCGGCCAUGUGCUUCAAAAUCAAGGUUCCUCACCGGCUCUUCCGGUAAACUCAACAGGGAAGUGACUUUUAGGCCAAUGGGGUGUCCUCCUUCUGCCUCUUUCAAGGUUCAAGCCAAGAAAGGAGAGUGGCUACCUGGCUUGCCCUCCCCAGCUUACCUCGAUGGCAGUCUUCCUGGUGACAAUGGGUUUGAUCCUCUGGGGCUUGCUGAGGACCCGGAGAACUUGAAGUGGUAUAUCCAAGCUGAGCUUGUGAAUGGACGUUGGGCCAUGUUGGGUGUCGCAGGGAUGUUGCUUCCUGAGGUUUUCACCAAAAUUGGAAUCAUAAAUGUGCCUAAAUGGUAUGAUGCUGGGAAAUCCGAGUACUUUGCAUCAUCCUCAACCCUCUUUGUGAUUGAGUUCAUUUUGUUCCAUUAUGUGGAAAUCCGAAGAUGGCAAGACAUUAAGAACCCCGGCUGUGUCAACCAGGAUCCCAUCUUCAAGCAAUACAGCUUAGCCCCGCAUGAGUGUGGAUACCCUGGUGGCAUAUUUAACCCCUUAAACUUUACACCAACUUUGGAGGCCAAAGAGAAGGAGCUUGCAAAUGGGAGAUUGGCGAUGUUGGCAUUCUUGGGAUUUAUUGUUCAACACAACGUGACAGGGCAAGGACCAUUUGAUAACCUCUUGCAGCACCUCUCAGACCCGUGGCACAACACCAUCAUUCAAACAUUUAGUGGCAACUAAGUUUGUAUCCAAUGACAUGCUAAGCCUGUGUCCUUCUCCUGUGAUCCUGAGUGGAUGAAUUUUGAGAGUUUGGGCAUGAUUGCUAUGAUCCAUCUAUUUUCGUGUACAGAGGAACUAAAAUGGUUUUUAUAUUGUUACUUA